AUUCUCCUUGAGAAUACACCUAAGUGGGUCAGUUCCAAAAGUAGACAUUGCAACAAAUAAUGAUGAAUCAUUCCACAAGAUUUGAAUGAAAGUGGAUCCGGAAUUAAUAUUCACAAAACAAGAGAAGAUAGGAAAGGGGUCUUUUGGAGAAGUCUUUAAAGGAAUAGAUAAUAGAAGCCAACAAAUUGUUGCCAUAAAGAUUAUAGAUCUUGAAGAGGCUGAAGAUGAAAUUGAAGACAUCCAACAGGAAAUUAUGGUUUUAUCACAGUGUGAUAGUCCCUUUGUUACAAAAUAUUUUGGAUCAUUUCUCAAGGGUACGAAGUUGUGGAUCAUCAUGGAGUACCUAGGAGGAGGAUCAGCCCUUGAUCUCAUGAAAGCUGGGCAGUUUGAAGAACUCCAUAUUGCAGUCAUCUUAAGAGAAGUCUUAAAAGGUUUAGACUAUCUGCACUGUGAACGCAAGCUACAUCGAGAUAUCAAAGCUGCCAAUGUAUUGCUAUCUGAAAUGGGGGAUGUAAAGUUAGCAGAUUUUGGUGUGGCUGGACAGUUGACCAAUACAACAAGUAAACGAAACACUUUUGUAGGAACUCCAUUCUGGAUGGCACCAGAAGUUAUAAAACAAGCAGCAUAUGACUCUAAGGCAGAUAUCUGGAGCUUAGGGAUAACUGCCAUUGAGCUAGCUAAAGGUGAACCACCUAAUUCAGAUCUUCACCCCAUGAGAGUCCUGUUCCUUAUUCCGAAAAACAAUCCACCUCAACUAACUGGAAAUUAUAGCAAGCAAUUUAAAGAAUUUGUGGAGGCUUGUUUAAAUAAGGACCCAGAAAAUAGGCCUACAGCAAAAGAGCUUCUUAAGUUUCCUUUCAUAAGAAAAGCCAAGAAGAAUUCUUAUCUAAUGGACCUAAUUGAAAGAUACAAGAGAUGGAAGGCUUCUGGUGGUGGACAGAGUGAUAGUGACUCUGAAGCCUCAGACUCAGAUGAAUCCAAAGGUAAUGAUACAUGGAAGAGUUGGAGGUGGGACCUAGGGACAGUCAAGGGCCCAAAUAACCAGAUAGAACUUCAGUCAAGCCCUUAUACUAUGGAAGAAGAGGUGAAAGGGUUGCUGGUAAAAAGCCAACAAAAUGGAGAAUCCUCUCCAGUUUCACCAAACUAUCAAAAAGACAUCUCUAUCUACUUACGGCAAUCGGAGGAAAAAUCUUCAACAUCUCCACCACGAACACUGAAUGAUCCACCUGCACCACCUGCUCAUCAUAAAGGAAAAGAUCAUGAACUUAAAAAAACAUAUGUACAAAAACCAGAACGAAAUAGUAAAGAUGGUUUUGAACAAAGGCACAGAGAGUCAAAAGACAGUGUUGAUCACAAACAUCGAGAAGGAAAAGAUGGAUUUGAUCAGAAACAUAGAGACAUGAAAGAUGGUUUUGAUCAUAAACAUCGGGAAAUGAAGAGUGGAUCUGAACAAAAACAUAGAGAAGUGAAAGAUGGAAUUGACCACAAACAUCGAGAACGUAUUGGUGACCUUUCUUCACGAGAUUAUGAGGCCAAAGAACUUGGAGACAACAGAGAUCGAGAGAAAGACUUACAUCUUCAAAAGUCUCCAGUAUCACCUAUUUCUCCAACAAAAAUAAAUGCAACGAAAAGAACCCUUGCUGUUUCAACUGUUUUACAUUCUCUCACUCUGGAGCUUCAGAGGAAACAUAAGACUAAUAUAAAAUCCCCUGAUGGGGUUAGAGGAGCUGACAGUGUUGAAAAACUCCACAAUGCCUUUGACGUAGCAGAAAGAUCAUGCCCUGGAUUUAGUGAGCUUUUUGUCCAGGAGAUUUUCCAUCGACUGUUGCCAACUGUUAGCUCUACUAGAGUUCAAGAUGCCAUGGACAGACUGGCCAAGGAUGGAACCUAGGUUAACCAUGACAGGUCUGUGUGACAGUUGCCUGUGAGAAACCUUCACUUCUUUGCCGAAGGUGCCUGAUUACUGCAUGUUAAACCUCAUCAUUCCACCCACACUGCAAGGAACUAAGUUUUGUAUGAGAUACAAAUACAGAUUUUAAUUUUUUAGAAAUUUCCGGGCAGAUAAAGUUGUUUUCUAGAAUGCGAGAACACCUAGAAAGUGGGGUACACUGGUAAAGUCAACAUCUCCUGUGGAGAUUUUGAAAUAUGGUGUAUUCCAUGCUCCUCCUCCCUAAAACAAUGGAAUAAAUUAGGGCUUCAUCUAGUUCCCAUAAUCACAUAAAAUCUGUGAGUGUUUUUGAAGGGUGUAUUUACUUCGUCAUCAUAUCCUUAUAAUGUUAAUAAUAAAUUCCAUUUGGAAAUAAAUACAACAUCAACUGUAUAACUUGUUUAAUUGUUGAAGAAAAUCGUCUUAGAUAUUGAUGUGUACAGUUUAUAUUUACUAUAAGAUAAAAUAAUGUAAAAAAAGAGCUUUUAUUCCAGGUUUCAGGGACUCAAAAGUCUGCCUUUUACAUGUAAAUUAUUUUAACAUUUGCCACCUUUUUGUGUUAUUAUGAAAUUUGUGAGUGAAGUGUUUUAGAUUUACGGUAAAAUUGUCAAGUGUAAAUAAGAUAGACAUGAAAUAAAAAUCUGUUUGUUCCUUAA